UCGAAAUUUGUGUCCAACAUUCAGUCAAUAUAAAAAUUGAUAUUUUCGACAAAAGCAAGCAAUAAAAGGGAACCAAAAAUGUCUGCGGAACUCCAACAGUUGUUUCAAAAAUUUAUACAUCAGUUUGAAGAUGAAUUGGCCAGCAUUGAUGAACAGUAUUCGGACGAUGGCGAUGAAAAAGAUGAGUGCACAAAGCACCUGGAAAAAUUACAAGUUUAUGAAAAAUUCACCGAUGGCCUCAGGGAUAUAAGCGAACAUUAUUUGCAAGUAAUCAGUCAAUUGAAUGAGGGUUUGGCACACAUCGAUUCAGCAAGUGAAUCAGCUUCAACCGAACAAAUUGCCGAAGACAUGGACUUUUUACGAAAAUGCCUGGAAAGUCGUGUCAAAUGUGAAGAGGAGGCCAUAAAAUCACUCAUCGACUUGGAAGAAAUGUUUUCAAUACUUUCACGUGAAAAUCAAGCUUUGACUGCGGAGAAUAAACACUUGAAAUCAACUAUUAAAAAUGUUGACGCGACCGCUUGUGAAGACAUCACAUCGAAUGUCAUUGAAACAUUGAAGCAUGAAAAUAAAGAGCUCAAAAAUAUCAUCAAGCAAAAUAAGGAGACGAUUAAAUUGCUCGGUAAUGACAGCAGUAUCAACCAUAACGACGAAAAUAUGCGCAACGAAAACUAUGAAAAUCAGCUUGCGGCAUUGAAAUUGCAAUUAAACGAAAAGAGUCAAACUAUCGAAAUGUUGACACAUCAAUUGCAGAAUAUGAGCAGUCCAUCGUCGAGUACACAUUCAACUGAUUCAAAUAAUGUUGGAAGUAUAUCCGAUGUAGAGCAAAAUGACAACGAAAAAUUGCAAAUGUUCAAAAAUGGAUACGAAGAGCUGAAAUUGAUUUUGAAAGAUAAAUACGAACAGUUGCGAGAAAAACGUGCCAAACUUGCUGAAUUAACGCAAAAGUUGGUCGAAUGCGAAAUGAAGGGCAAUGAAGCUGAUCGGAAAUUGAUCAUUCAGCAAUACGACAAAAUCCAGGAACUGAAUCGUGAAGUGGAGCAGUUGAGAAAUGAAAGCAGCAUGAGGUGUUUAGAUGUUGUGGAAAUUGAAACCCAAAAAGACCAAUUGAAUGAGGAAGUGACUGAAUUGCAAAUUCAAAACAACAAACUAAACGAAAAACUGCAAAAUAUGAAAGAACAUUAUGAGCAAAAUCAAAAACAAGUUGAAGACUUUGACAUUGCAUUGAAGAAGAUGAAAGAACGCGAAGACCUAAUGGCACAAAAGUUCGUUUUGCAAGAAAAACACGUGUCCACCUUACUAAGUGAACGACAGUGGCUUAUGUCAUUGGACAAUGAAAUGUUGAACAGCAUUGCGUUUUGUAAGAACGAAUUGGCCAAAUACAAGACCGAAGAACAACCAAUUAAACACGAACGAAAUUAAGAAGAAAAGAAAUUCAAUU